ACGCAGAAGAGCAAACAUGAACGACAUCAAGUUGGCCCUGCUGGGAAGUCCAGGAGCUGGAAAAUCAGCUGUACUCGUGCGCUUCCUGACCAGACGCUUCAUUGGAGAAUAUGCGUCCGACACCAAUUCUCUGUAUCGAAAAAGGCUGUCCAUCGAUGGCAGGCAUCUGAACCUGGAGGUGUUUGAUCCCUGUUCACAGCGCUCGGAGGCCAAGUGUGUACUGGAGGAACCGGUGGCGUGGGCAGACGGCUUUGUGGUGGUCUACAACAUCAGCGACCGCACCUCCUUCCUCGACGCCAAGAACAUCCUGCGGCAGAUCCGUGAGGCCCGCCAGCAGGACCAAUGCAAAGGGCAGCCGCUGGGUGUCCCCGUGUGUCUGCUGGGCAACAAGCAGGACCUGUGUCACAUCCGGCAGGUACACGAGGACGAAGGCCGCUGCCUGGCGCAGGAGAGCCGCUGCUCCUUCCAGGAAGUGUCAGCGGCCGAGAGCUACCAAGACAUCGCCGGGCUUUUCACGCAGCUAAUCAGGCAGGUGAUGGAGCACCUGAAGUAUCGCGCCGACCGCCGUCGCUACAGUGGGUCCAAGUCCAUGGCCAAGCUGAUCAACAAUGUGUUCGGAAAGAGAAGGAAGUCGGUGUGACCGACGGACCACUGAUACGUUUCGAGACAUUUCCAAAUGAAACAAGAUGAAAAUUGCACCUGUGCCUUUACAUUUAACUGAAUAUCUCUUAAUCCUAUGAUUACAUUAUUCUUUUUUAUAUUUUCUGUUUUAGAACACUUGACAAUGUUUGUAAUUGCACUCGGGUUUUACUGUAAAUAAAAUGUAGCCUGUACU